GCCAGAAACAUCUCAACAAGAAAAGCUAAAUAACGAAAUAAGCCAAGAUAAUGAUCAAAAAACUACAGACACAAAAAAUGAUCCAACAAAACCUGAAGAUACUGCACAAGAGUCAUCAGGUAUGCCAAUUCAAGUAUUUGAUUCAUCGGUAGAGGAAAGAAAGCCCACAAGGAAACAUCUGCUAGGAGGAGGAAUGGCAUUUAAUAAUAAUAUGGGUCAAACGGAUAAUAAUAUAAUCAUGAAUGGACCCCCCAAUGCUGAUAUGUUUAAUGGAAUACCACCUGAAAUGAAUUGGAUGAACAUGAUGCGUCCUCCAUUUAUGAAUACUCGUUUCCCAGGCUUUGGAACACCUGAUAUGAACUGGAUGAGGAAUAAUAAUGGAAAUACGGGUAAUAAUAAUGAUGAAAACGAUAUGGAAAUAGACAUGACUCCUAGACCUCCUGUCAUGAAUCGUGGAUUUAAUGAUGAAUUAUGGAAAAAUAAUAUGUCAGCUUUUCCUGGAAUGCCUCCACAAGAUAUGUUUGGUUUUAACGGUAAUAUGUCAUUCGGUACUAGUAAUCGUGGUGGGUUUAACAUGAUGAGAGGUGGACGUGGCAGAGGUCGUGGAUAUCAUAAUCAGGGAGGAAGACGUCGAUCAGACUAUAAUGCAAGCCAUUCGAAUAGCAAUAGCAAUAGCAAUUAUCAAAAUGAAGAUAGUAAGGAUAUGGAGGCAGAUUCUACAACGCUAUUAAAUACAGAAGGCAGUCAUGCCCCCUCUAGUAAUUCACGUUCUGAAAGAGAUCGAUAUGAUCGUCACAGAAGACGUUCUAAUUCACCUUCUCGUCAUGAAAAGAGAAGUAGUAGUAGACGUCGAGAUGAGAGCCGCCAUCGAGAUGAGAGUCGAUAUCGGGAUGAGAGCCGCCAUCGAGAUGAGAGUCGUCAUCGUAGUAAGGAUAAUGAUUAUAGAAGUAGUAGUAGAAAAAGAGAAGAAAAAUAUAGUAGUAGCAAACGACAUCGUUAUGAUGACGAAGAAAAUGAAAAAGGUGAUAGUUAUAAGAGACAUGAUCGUUCAUCAAGAAGACGAUCAAGAUCUCCAAGAGAUGACAGAUCUUCUUCUCGUCAUCGACGUCGUUCUUCUUCAAGAAGCCGUCAUAGUUCUUCAAAGUAUCAUUCUUCAAAAUAUAGGAGUCGAGAAAGAGAAAAGACAAGAGAUAAAAGCCGUGACCGAUCUGAAAGAAGUAGUAGAGGAGAUAGAACAGAAAGACGAAAACAUGAAAGACAUUAGCCAUUGUAUUAUUAAAAUAUAUCAAAAUUGACCAUAUAACAUUGGUUCCUUUCCUUUUAUAUAUAUAUAUGUGUGUGUAUAUAUACCAUUAAGUUUUGAUAUACGUUUUUUUUUUCUUUUUUUUUUUUUUUUGUUUAUUUAAAGUAGAAUCAUAGAUGUAAUAAUAUAUGAAAUAAUGUUUAGUUCUAGAGUAAAGGUUUUACCAAAUAUAUAAGUGAAAAACAGUAUCUUUUACAUAUCCUUGGUAAAUGGCUGAGGAUUGUUAGGAUCAUACUCUUUGGGUAAAUUCAACCCAACUCGCUUCGCUGAAAGUUCAAUCUUUUUCUUUUGUUCCAUAACAAGUGCUGAAUAUAACUCACGUAACUCCUAAGGAAAUAAGCAUGUAUUUUUUUUUUUUUUUU